AUGUGUACCGUUUCUAGGUUCAAGGUCGAAGACGACCCGCUCGUCGGCGGAGACGAGCUGCUGUCGUGGGCGUGCAUCCGACUCGACCGUCUGCGUCCAGGCUUCCGCUUCAUCAGGCUCAUGGACACCAAAAACCGACCGAUCGAGGGCGGCAAGCUGCUCGUCAAGAUCGACAAGGCGGUGCGGUGA